AUGGCCACCGCCACAAAAACAGUAGUAGCAACAGGUGCUUCAUCUGGCCUGGGUUUCUACGUAAUCAAGCACCUCCUCUCGCAGUCCUCGCAGCCAUACAACUUCAUACUCGGCGCCCGGGAUGUAUCCCGCACGCAGAAAGCUUAUCGAUCUGCCUUCGCCUCUGAGUCUCUGAAUCCCCACUCCCUCGAGAUCUUGCCGCUGGAGCUGUCUGAUUUGAGAACUGUCAAGCGGUUUGCGUCUCGAACGCUGGACAAGCUCGGCGAUAGGAAGAUCGACUACCUCCUGCUGAACGCUGGGAUUACCAGUGGGGCUGGGACUGAGAAGCCUGGGCCGGGUGGGAGUAAGUGGUGUGAGGGGCUGGUGGUUAAUCACUUGUCCCAGCAUUAUCUAACACACCUCCUCCUGCCUGCGCUUCUCCGAUCUGAUGGCGGUAGGAACGAUACCAAUACCGAUACUACCGGCAAUCCCGAAAGUCGCAUCGUGGUAGUCUCCUCGGGUGCUAUCCGCCGCGUCACGGACCCAAGCACGCUCGAGAAGGAUCUGCUCGCUGGCUCGGGCAAGGACGGAGACACGGUAUACGCCGAGACCAAGUUCGUGCAGCUUCUCGGGGCGCACUGGUGGCGGAGAAAGCUGAGAGACACGGGCUGUAAGGUGGUGGCGGUCAGCCCUGGUUUGAUUCCCGGGACGGGCAUUGGAAGGGGAAGCGGGAUGGUGUUGAGUAUGGAGAUGAAGGAUGCUAAGAGUGUGGACGAAGGGGCGCAAAGCAUCCUGCGGGCUUUCACGCGGGACGAUUUCCCCGAAGAUUCUGACCGCAUCUUCUUGACGAGCUGGGGAGAGUGGUGGGACAGCGAUACUAUUGGCAAGUCUCUGGAUAAGGAACUACAGGAUCGGUGGUGUCUCGGGAAGGAGGAGAUUGAGGCGGGAGAGGGGUUGAAGGGGUUAUAG